AUGCGGUCGCCCCCUUGGGAAAGUACAUAUCUGGGAUCAGCAGGCGGCUGUGCGCUCGCACUCCGGAUCGGCCUCCCCACCGCGCUCUUGCCUCCCCGCUCCCGCCGCCGCAGCCCCAGGGCCGCUCGCCGCCGCCACCAUGGACGCCAUCAAGAAGAAGAUGCAGAUGCUCAAGCUCGACAAGGAGAACGCCUUGGAUCGAGCGGAGCAGGCGGAGGCCGAUAAGAAGGCGGCUGAGGACAGGAGCAAGCAGCUGGAAGAUGAGCUGGUGUCGCUGCAAAAGAAACUCAAGGCCACCGAAGAUGAACUGGACAAAUACUCCGAGGCUCUCAAAGAUGCCCAGGAGAAGCUGGAGCUGGCGGAGAAAAAGGCCACCGACGCUGAAGCCGACGUAGCUUCUCUGAACAGACGCAUCCAGCUGGUUGAGGAAGAGUUGGAUCGUGCCCAGGAGCGUCUGGCAACAGCUCUGCAGAAGCUGGAGGAGGCCGAGAAGGCAGCAGAUGAGAGUGAGAGAGGCAUGAAAGUCAUUGAAAGCCGAGCUCAAAAGGAUGAGGAGAAAAUGGAAAUUCAGGAGAUCCAACUGAAAGAGGCCAAGCACAUCGCUGAGGAUGCCGACCGCAAGUAUGAAGAGGUGGCCCGUAAGCUGGUCAUCAUUGAGAGUGACCUGGAGCGUGCAGAGGAGCGGGCUGAGCUCUCAGAAGGCCAAGUUCGACAGCUGGAAGAGCAAUUAAGAAUAAUGGAUCAGACCUUGAAAGCAUUAAUGGCUGCAGAGGAUAAGUACUCGCAGAAGGAAGACAAAUAUGAGGAAGAGAUCAAGGUCCUUUCUGACAAGCUGAAGGAGGCCGAGACUCGGGCCGAGUUUGCAGAGAGGUCAGUAACUAAAUUGGAGAAAAGCAUUGAUGACUUAGAAGACGAACUCUACCAGCAACUUGAGCAAAACCGCCGCCUAACUAACCAACUAAAGCUGGCCCUGAAUGAGGAUUAAACUUAAGUGGGAGAGAACCUGGGCUGAAUUCUAGGAACGCAGCCCAUGGGCAGGAAAUCUAAGACUGUCAUACCUUCACCUAAUAGGGUUGAAAACGAUUCCUUUCUGCAGAAUUGAACAUGAAUCAGUUGAAAGGCUGGCCUUGCCUGCAUUUUCCUCUCAUAUCUGGAAUAAUUAAGUUCUCUUUAAUCCCCAAACCGCUUUUAUGGUAAAAUUACAUCUGUGUAUAUGGAUCAAUGUUUAUAAUCAAUUCAGCACUCGUCUUUGCAAGAGCAGGUCCUCUUGUUUGAGCUGAUACAUAAUGAGGACCAAAAAAAUGUUUUCUAUUUCCUACAGAGAACUGAGUCUUGCUUUAAGUUAGAAAGCCAAAGCAGAGGGGUGUGUAUGGGUAUAAGUAUAUAUAUAUAUAUAUUAUAUAUAGGAUGUGAUAUAUAUAUAAUAUAUAUUCCUAUUACAUAUUCAUAUUUCUAACUUCUAAGUAUCUGGUAUAGUGUUUGAAAUAUGAUUACCUAUGCUUGGGCAAAAUAGCUUUUGAAAACAGGAGUUCAUGUCAGAAGUCCCUGAUUGUCUGAAAGGUAUGCUUUUUAUUCAAUCUAACAGUGUUGUUGGAUUCUGGUGAGAAUGUCAUGCUAAUAAUAAAUAGAACACUGUGAAAAUAAUAAUAAGAGAAUGUCCUACUGGAGUGUGCAUGAAACAUGUUGGUAAUUUUUUUUUAAUGAGUAACAGAAAUAAAUCAUUGAAAAAGUUGUCAGAAAGCCUAUUUACGUCAUCUUUGUUUUCUGUGAGACUGUGUUACAACACAACUCUCAGACCUUAACUGCCUGUAACUCAGAAACGUCUGCUGUUAACUUCAGUGCUGCAAGCACCUCUCCCUGUUCCCACGGCACAUGACCAGUGAACCUUCACCAACCCCACCUGCAUUUUGUCCUCAGUGGAUUGUUGGUGGAGGUUCACCUGGCCACUCUGUGAGAACCUGCUGUGCCUGUAGUUCCUUCGGGUCCAAGACAGCUUCCCCUUCGUAGGUCCUUGUCUGGAAAUGAGUAAUGUCUUAUGAGCAUGCCUGGCCCUAAUCAUCUCAUCCUGUGUUUGUGAUUGAUGUUUGCCUGCCUAAAUGUACAAACCACUACUGUGUCCAAAGCGCAGCUAUUCAUGACUUAAUUUUCUAAUCCCACCACAGAGAAAGUGGCUCAUGCCAAAGAAGAAAACCUUAGUAUGCACCAGAUGCUGGAUCAGACUUUACUGGAGUUAAACAACAUGUGAAAACCUCCUUAGCUGCGACCACAUUCUUUCAUGUUGUUUUUGUUUUUUGUUUUGUUUUGUUUUUAAACACCAUGCUUACCAUGAAACCCCUUAAAUGCAUUUUUAUUUACUUUUACCACUGUCACAGAUACAUCCACAAAGAAGCAGCUAGAUCAGGGGUGGGAAAGACACACACACAGGCAAGCCCGUGUCAAGGCGACAAUGAUUUAAAUGUGCCAUUUCCCAAGUUGACGUUGCCACACUUCGUAGAGAGUAGCAACACAGUAUGCUUAGCCCAGGAAUCCUUGCUGAAGCAGGAAGAUUUUUCACUCAAAGUGCCAAUGAUACGUGAACAGGAAGAUUAAUGUUGGAAACACAAUCAGGUGUGGAUUGGUGCUACUUUAAACAAAAGGUCCCACUGUGGUCUUUCAUUCAAUGUUGUACAAUUUAGAAUUCUGUCCAACACUAAUUUAUUUUGUCUUGGGUUUAAUGAUGAGGUGAGACUACGGAUCCUGUCUGGCAGAAUUCACCAAAGCCAAGGGUUUGUAAGCCAACGUGCUCUUCUAAGGCUUCUGUUUUCUUUUAAUUGGCACAUUUGCAGUUCGUUACAGCUCGUGGGAUAGCAUGCGAUGUGGAUUUCCACCAUGUUCAAGUGAAAGAUUUAGGCACCACGUACAAUGGUGAAGAAAAAACAUUGUCUUAAGAGUUAUAACUGUAUGGAAACCUUGUAUAAUGAUAUGGAAUAAAUGCACAUUGUAGGACAUUUUCUAAA